AUGGGUGAGGACACAGAUCCGAGGAAGGGCAUCCACUUGUGCGGGUCUGUCUGCUGGACCCCAGGCUGCCCCGGCUCAGGCACCUUCCCGCAUGUCCUGAGCGCCGACCGGCAUCCUCAGCGCCUGCGACUGUAUCUGAGUUCACCUGGCGCCUGCCACGGGGUGGGCCGCGUCCGCCGCCGCCGCGUGAACAGGGUCCGGUGCGGGUUCGCCCUCGUCCUGAGCAGUGACGUGGCUGUGCCCAUCCUGGGCGAGAGGUGGCUGGUGCCUCCCGCCAGGCUGGCCGAGGAGCGGGCCUGCUGGGUGCAUCGGCCUGAGGAGGGAGCCGUCCACGCAGCAGUGCUGAGCAAGCACCUGCUGGUCCAGGGCUUGGGAGCAGCAGGGACCAGACAGGCCCAGAUCCCCGCUCUGCGCUUCACUCCCACGGACGGCACAGCUUUUGGUGGCAGAGGGGCACGGGGCCGGCGGGAUGGGGUGGCGGCCUGGGAGCAGCUCUGA